AUGGCAUCUUCAAUUCUCAUCACUGGCUCUAACCGAGGUAUCGGCAAAGAGCUGCUGAAUUUGUAUCUUUCUAGACCCUCGACUACGGUCAUCUCCGGAGUCCGUGAUGUCAACCAUCCUUCAGUGGCUGAAUUGCAGAAGCUUCCUGUUGGUCCAGGUUCUCGUCUUAUUGUGCUACAGCUAGACAGCAGCUCUCCGACCGAUGCUGGAGCUGCGGUCUCGCGGCUUGAGUCGGAGUUCGGUAUCACGAAACUCGACACUGUCAUCGCAAACGCAGGAAUUGGAAAAUUUUGGGGCCUCACUACAGAGACACCAGUCAAAGAGGUCGAAGAACAUUUCGAAGUCAACGCGGUCGGUCCGUUCCGACUGUUUCAAGCCGUCCAGCCCCUGCUGUUCAAGGCUUCCACCCCCAGAUUUGUAGUGAUUUCCACUGUGCUCGGCAGCAUCGAGCUCCAGAAGAACAUGACUGUCCCAGAUGUCGCAUAUGGCAUGUCAAAGGCAGCAGUGAACUUUUUCACUACCAAAAUUCACCAUGAGAAUCCCCAGUUGAUUGCAUUCCCGAUCCAUCCAGGAUGGGUGAAAACUGAGCUUGGCAACUCUAUUGCGACCGCUAUCGGCGGGACAGAAGCCCCUGUUACGCUUCCAGAUAGCGCCGCUGGUAUCGAAGCAUCCUCGAGAGAGGCAACUUCUGGACGGUUCAUUGGAUACGAUGCCACGAACUACCCAUGGUAA